AUGUCUCGGUUGAUCUACGACAACUGGGAGAGGCUUGUGUUGGCCACACUGCGCCGGGAACAGCUCUGGCAACUUUGUCAUGCGGACUCAACUGACCUCAGCAUUAUCUCCCUCUCCCUAACCUCAAGUUGCGGCCGCUCUUUCUUGAUGACCGACAUUGGUUCUUCCCGUUUGUACCAUGCGGUCGGGUACGAGCCCCAAAAGCCCGUGACUUGGUACGUGGAGGAGACGAGAGAUGGAAGCACGAUCCUGGUGAAGAGAACCAGGGGAGACAACAAAACUCUUCUACCGAUAACAUAUUUUUCGUAUGAUUGUGACGAGAAGCUAUUUGUAUACGAGUACCAAACUCAGACCAGCAAGAUAGCCACAAACCUAAUGAAUUGGGAGUCCCGUCUCAAGAUCGCGACCGUUGUUGCAAAGGCGAUUGCCCUUGCGCAUGCGAAACCUACAACCAGUACGCAUCCCUCGGGAGAUUUCUCCGGCUCCUUAUUAAAUGACCUGGGCUCGUCAUCGGCCCUACGCCUUGCAAUUUCCACCGCAGGGUAUUGCUCCCCCGAGGCUGCGCACCAUGGAAUCGUGUCGUGGGCAUCCGAUGUCUACACGUUCGGGGUUCUGCUGUUGGAGCUCCUCACGAUACCGUCUCCCCUCAAUAUCAGGGGCAGUAGUGCCCAUCGGGAGCAGCUCGUGAAGAGGGUUGCAAAAGCGUUGCGAGACGAGGGGACUCUCAUCGUUUUCCAUUUCAUACCCACAAAUGUGGCGGGCGAGCUGAUCGAGAUGUGGAAGGUGCUGCUGCUGGCGUUGAGGUGCGUGGAGGAAGACCCGCAGAGGAGACCGGCUAUGGGAGAUGUUGUGAAGAUGUUGGAAGGUGUAAAGCAAGACUGA